UUCAGGAGCACACUGUAUGAAUUCAGGUUAUAUACUGUGUGAGGACGCUUAGUAUCCUUUCAAACAUUAAACAUACUGAAAUGGCCUAAGAUUUUCAUUGUUGUUUUGUAGGAGAGACUAUCCUGCAAGACUUGACUCUAGUUCAAAGGCAACAUACGUGCUAGCUGAGGUUAACUAUUUAAACAACAGUAAUCCUGAAUUACUUGUUUAGCUUCAUAGCCCAUAAGAACCUGUAGAUAAGUUAUGGAAGUAAUAGUAUAUAAACAAGUUAGAUUUUCUUGACUUACAGAUUUGCAAGGAGGGGAGGAAAUGGCUCUUGCUGCUGUGGUGACUGACUGUUCUGUAGGAGACAUACCAAAUCCAAAACCGGUGAGAACCAACAGCAAAAAAGUUAAGGUAACUACGAUUGUUGAAUAUGAAGAUGCCAAGCAUAUUUCUGCAAAGAAGAAAGUUUCCAAAACAAAGUCGUUGGUUUCUUUGGCUUCUGGUUUAAAUAGCAAACUGAACUCUCUUUCUAGUGCCACAAAUUUGAAAGCCACACCAAAGACAUCUAAAAGUGCUGGACUACAACAGACUGUCUCAAGAACUGUACCUACCAGUGGAAGAGUUCAAGGCAUGUUGCUAAGAAGUAAAUCAGUACCCCAAGAUAAAACUCUUCCAUUUGUAAACAUUCCCCUGGCUGAUGGACAGACACUCUGUACGGCUGGUGGAGACCUCCAUAAUAUUGACGUGCAACUACUAAAUCAAGAUACAGUACAGCAUAUUCAUAAUUUAGUGAGUGAGCUGACUGUACUAUGUGGAAAAGCAACUAAACCAAGUUAAUGGAACUGUCUUGUGACUACAGAAUAUAUGCUUGCUGCCUCUGAAGUGUUUAGAUAAUGUCUAUAAUGUCUUAAUAAAGCUGUAUACUGCCCAGUAAAUAUUUUACAUAAAAGCUUA